GGCAGGAAGUGAGCCCCGAGACCGUGUUGAGAGAGACCCAAAGGCGAAUCCUACAAAUGCUCAGAUCGUGGCCUUCUCUCGAAGCGAGUGGUUCUCUGUUCUUUGGCUCAUUGAAAAUAACAAAUAAGUAUACGGCGACUAUUUACUGGUAAUAAAGCCAAUUGUGCGCGAUUAUUUCACCGCCGAUAAACCUCUCAUCGAGUGAGAUUGAUUAACGGAAUAAAAUAAUUAAAAACAAUUAGGUAGAUUUGAUUUUUCAAUCGGUAAAUAGAGUGGUGAUUGAUAAGUGCACUCGAUUGUUACAGUUGUUAACUCAACUGAGGUGUUAUUAAUUCAACGUGUGAAAUAAAAGUGUGCGAAUAACGGAUUUUAAUGCUGUAACUGUCGGCGAAUUAUUUGGUAGAGACGUAGGCCAACAGUGCGGGAUAUAACAUUCGUUUUAUCUAGGAGUUUGUUGUCACCCAGGAUUGAGGAACUGAAUUCGAGGAAUCAGUUUGCAGGGACGAUUAAUUGUGAUGUUUGGAAGUAGAAAGUCAGUGGCUUAUAACCCGGGUACUGUUAAAAUAGUGUGUACCAGUGUCAAUAGACGUGUACACUCGUGUUGACGAUUGACAUAUAUUCCAUUGACAAAUUAAUAAAAGACAAUAUCAGAUGAUAUGUGCAAGGAUACCGAGGAGUACAAUCUGCCAGUGAUAAGUUGAGGGAGGGAUAGCACUGAUCAUAGGAAUCACCAGUGAUUAUCGAAAAAUCAAACGUAUCGGCUGGAACGAUUCAACGUCAUCAAUAGUUGGCAUCCCGACGGUGUUUACCAUUGAUACCCAGUGAUAAUCGAAUUCCAUUUAUCAAGGUAACAUUAAAAAGGCGGCAAACUGUACGGCCACAGGGAGGAAGACAUGCUAACGAUGGAGACGGACUUGAAGGGCGGCAGCCUGCACGGCCAAAUGCCGCCGCAUCCACAUCAGGGUGUCUCCCCAAUGGGUCAUCACACUGGUGUAUCACCAUACGGUGCAUUAGGCUCAAUUGUACACAGUCCAGCCCUGUCAUCGGGCUCACCACCGAGCUCCGGUGGUCUAAGUGCCCUGACCCUUCAACAUCAUCAUCAAGCGCAACAGCAUCAUUAUGCAUCGAUGCAAGCUGUACAACAGCAACAACAGCAACAGAGUAUGCACAGUUUGGCACAGCAACAGGCUGCCUCGCAUCACUCCCACCAGCAAUCGCAAACGCAACCAUCCUCGCAGCAAUCAAAUCAGGGACAACAGCAUCAGGCACCCAACAACAACAACAGCACCAACAAGAACAACAAUAUUGAUCGGGUGAAGAGACCGAUGAAUGCAUUUAUGGUGUGGUCGAGGGGACAGCGUCGCAAGAUGGCACAGGAGAAUCCGAAAAUGCACAAUUCCGAGAUAUCGAAGCGUCUUGGAGCUGAAUGGAAGCUCCUCAACGAGACCGAGAAACGUCCCUUCAUCGACGAGGCCAAGAGAUUGCGGGCAGUGCACAUGAAGGAGCAUCCUGACUACAAGUACAGACCAAGAAGGAAAACCAAGACACUCUUGAAGAAGGACAAGUUUCCAUUGGGCUCUGGGGUAGGUGGUGUUGGUGGUAUGCUUGGUGUUGAUCAACGCCAGGUCAGCGGUGGUGGUGGACCACAGCAGAGCCAACUACCUCGCGAUGUCUAUCAGAUGCCCAAUGGAUACAUGCCAAAUGGCUACAUGAUGCAUGAUCCAACCGCUUAUCAACAGCACCCCUAUGGUGGACAUAUGGGUGCUGCUGCUGCCGCUGCUGCUGCAGCUGCUGGAUAUCCUCGCUAUGACAUGAGCCAUCACAUGGGCGGUGGUAGCCCAAGUCCCAUCAACAAUUACAUUAAUGGUUACGGUGGAUACGGAACAACCACUGUACCUGGUGGCUCACCAUCACCCUAUCAUCAGGCACAACCCGGCUCACAGAUGUCAAGCCACAGUCCAAGUGGUAGUAGCAUCAAGUCCGAACCGACGAGUCCAGCAAGUGGUGGAAUACAUACACCAACACCAACUGGCACCAAUCCCACCAGCAAUCCCGGUGUUAAGAGGGAGUACAUGGGACAGCAGGGACAACAGUCGCAGGGUGAUCUCAGGCAGAUGAUAUCUAUGUAUCUGCCACAGAGUGCGGAACAGGGAGUUGUACAACACGCCGCUGGUGUUUACUCACCUGGACCAUCACCCGAUCCACUGGCACAGCAUCAUUCUGUUAUACCACCGCUCUCUCACAUGAUAGCUUAGACGCGGAUGGACGGAGGCCUGCCAGGGAUCUUGUGAUGCAUACAGGGAUAGUGUCGUGGGGAAAUGAUCGAAUAUAUUAAUAAAUCGAUAGACACGAUUUCGGAUUUAUCAGGAAAAAAAAAAAUCUAAAUACACGUAACACGUGCGGGGAGAAACUGAGAAUGAGUUAAUUGAGAGAGAAAAUAAAGGGGUUGGAAAGAGGGCACGUGGGAGCCUGCGGAACAGCAAAAACACGUUUCCACAGCGAGGAUUUAAACACCGAGGGAGCAAAUCAUUCUCAAGCAUCAUCAGCAGCAGCUUGUUCAUCAGUUUCAUGCUGAGAAAGCCAAAAAAAAUCAACUGGAGGAGAAAAAGAAAAACCAUAACAAAAACUACGGUUCGGGGGAGGGAAAAAAAAAAUUUUCUUUUUUUUUUCACUCGAAAUUUUCGCUGCGGAAACGAGUCUCUUCCGCAAACUCCCACGUUAAAUCUUCAAGAGUCAUUCAGUACAGAAUAAAAACAACAAAUAACAACAUCAAUAUAAGUAAAUUUAAAGAAACAAAUAAAAUGAAGGAGAGAAAUAAAAGUAAUCGUACAUUACGGCCAGACUCGUUUUCCUCCAGUAACCACUGUGAUAAUAACAAUAAACGCGCUUCAGUAUGAUCGAACGAACGGGGAAACGAACCGGCAUAAAUGUGUGUGUUUUUUUUUUCUCUUCCCGAGGGAGGAUAAAGUGAACAAAUAAAAAAACUAAAAACCAAGAAAAAUAUUGAUUGAUAACGAAAAAAGAGAUAAGAUCGUUGCUGGGCAAAUGACGUGCCGUUUAAUUAAAUAUAAUUAACACUAACGUAACUGUAAAUAUUAUUUAUAAAUACUAUAACUAGAUUAAAGAAUCUUGCGUGUAUAUAUUUAAUAUUAAUUUUUUUUCUCCAACCGGUAGUACACGAGAGAGAAUCAUGGAAUGAGAGAGCAUUGAGUGUCUCGUGGCCGAGUUCCACAUUAAAUUCAUAAAUUAAUAUGAAAUUUAAUUAUGGCGAUGUAUUCGCCUCCCACGCCCGUGUGUGUAAAUACUCAAUCAGAUAUUUAAACUAUUGAUUAGCUACAAAAAAUUGAGAAAAUAGAAAAAAGUUUAUAUGAAUUAUAUAUCGAUGACGAUUGAAUAUAUUCGCGGACAAACGUUUAUUAUCAUUUAUCAUUAAUGUUAAUUGUGUCAUAAUCACAUCAGUGCCCUUACAUAAUCUUUAAUUAUUAACCAUUAAUUAUUAGCUAUUAUUCAGUAUCAUAAUAUUACGAAUGCUCAUUAUUGUUUCCACAACACAAUUUUUUUUUUAAUCAAUUUUCAUGACCUUCUUAUCCUGUCCAAUUCUCCCGGAUUCACCCGCAAAUCACUCAAGUAUUAUUACAUUAUUAAUUAGUUUCAUAUUAUUUCUCUCGCAUUAACAUUUUAUUGUUCUAUUCGACGAUACAUUUGUCAUUUACUGAUCCAUGACUGUGAUCCCAUAGGACCUAUCGGACAACGUUUGCCCCAUUUUUUUAUCAAUACGCGCAGGAUCGACUGCGAGCGCUCGAACUCUAGAGCUGAGUUGUAUAAAAAAAAUUAUGACACGACAUCACACACACUCACACGAGGACAGAGCGAGAGAGAAAAUAAGAUGGAGAGAAAAAAGGAAAAUUUAAGUUAUUUGCGAGGAUAUUCGAGGAAUGGUGACCGAGGCGGACACCAUAUUGUUUUUUUUCUUUCAUUAACUGUGAAAUUUGGACACAAAUUUGAUGACAAAAAACAACCGGUUGAUAAAACCCGGCAGGUGAAUGACACAAAAUUUAAAAAAAUAUAUAAAACUAAAGAAAUUUCGUAAAAUAUAAUAAAACCGAUAUGUAUGUUUUUUUUUCUUUCUUAUUAUGUACGAUGUUUGUAUAUAGGCGAUCACCCACUUGUAGAUUAUUGAUCGAAAGGAGAAAAAGAAAACAAUAGAGAGCAUAGUUGUCAACAAAAUUUAAUUAAAAUUAAAUGAUAAUAAUUAUCACAA